CAGACGGAACAGGUAAAUAGCCCUCAAUAGUACAUGUAACCGACUUCAGACCUGGAGAAUAAAGAUCUAUGGGACCAGAAGGAAGGGGAUUGUAAGAUUUUAAAGGACAAGGCUCACAGCAUACUGCAAGUCUUCUCAGGGAACACUGGCACGGAUAACACGAGGAGACCAUGGAUAAGAUUGCUAUGUUGCUCCUUUAUCUGUCAUCCCAUAGUCUUCCCAGUCUGGCGGCCCUAUUACCCCCAGACUCUAAUUACAUAACGGAUAUCUGGAGGAAUCUUCCAAUUGGGCACAAGGUGGAUGGAUUUUUGUCUGUGGAUAUGCCCAUCAGAUAUUAUUUUAACGUGAACAGGAGUCUGAGUGCAGUGACUAUAAGAGUAACGCCUUGUGAAUCGCCAAUCCUGUGGACACUGUCUUUUCUAACUGCUCAUGGAUCUCUUGAGCAAUGGGGUUCUCAUCAGAAAUAUCGGCACAGGACUUCUCAGACAUUGUUUUCAUUUGAAGGAAAUGGGGAGGAGACAGUCUCUACAGCGGUGACUUCAGGUGGUUUUUUCUAUCUUGAUAUAAUUUCACUUGAGUCUGACACCAGCUUCCAAGUCUUUGUCUGGAACAAUCAAGAUGACAUUCCUCCAUGGCCACAGCUUCCCUCCGAUCCACGUGUCGAUGUUUUGUCUGCACAAGAUGAUACUGUCAAGCUGUCAUGGAAGCCCAGCUUAGGGCCUGCUGAAGCUAACUUUGAGUAUUGUGUAUUCAUAAAUAAAAAACAUAACUUUAAGACACUUUGUGCUACUCAGUUGAACACAAUGAAAGAUGUGGAAGGUCACCAGGACACUGAAGAUGACAUGACCCUAAAUGUAAUUACAGAGAGCUUAAAAAAUAAGAUUAAUGCUUACCCCAAACCCUCUAAGAGUUUGAAGAUUCCAGGGGUGGUUGAGCAUGAAACUAAUGAAUUUUGGUCUUCUCAGAGCCUGUCCGGAAGUCAAAGGGUAUGUGUUGGGCCAAGGACCAAUGCUACAAUCCAUGGUUUAAAGCCUAAAAGUCUUUACUACUUUGAUGUGUUUGCACUGAGCCGAAAGCGUGGUACUAGUGUGGCUUACACGGGAACUUUUGCUGAAACUAAACCAAAACACAAAUCACAAGUGCCUAAGCUCCCCAAUGAUGAAAUGGUGGACAUAUUUCUGAAAAGCAAAGGUAUAAAAGUCAUAGCUGUUGACCCACCCUCCUAUGGAUUCAAAUGGCUUUUUGUCCAUUCCUGCCUUCAUAAAGUACAUAUUCAGAUCAUGUUAAAUGGACAAGUCCAGCUGUCUCAAAGUCUUCAAGGAGCUCAAAAUUUUAAGCUAGGUGGGAAUUCAAAGGGCAACUUUAUAAUUAGCUUGAAAUCAAGUAAAGGAGGUCUAGGUUUGGUAAAGCUCUUUACUACCAACAUACACAACAACCUCCCAUUUCCCAGCCUUCCCUCUGCCAUUAAUUUUUCUGCUUCAAAAAGAUCAUGUUCCUCUGCCACACUCACCUGGACCAGCAAUGGAUAUGAAAACAAAUACUGUAUUUAUGCCAGACGCAUAGAGCAGAAUUUGGACCUAAGACUUAUCCAGAAACACCAGAAUGGGUGCCUAAGCACUAGCUACCGAGCUCCAGCCGAGAGAGUACUUUGCCGAAAAGUUGGAAGUAAGACUCUUAUAGAAGAACACAUCACAGAUCUAAAACCUGGAAAAUCCUAUCUUUUCGACUUGUACUUCAUAGGUCACAACAACACCACAAUAAAGUUUCCAAGCCGAGCGGUAAAGACUCAGGAAUCGUGUACCUGAAAGUAUCCCCUCAAUUUAAGGACAUCUGGACUCAUGGUA